UUUUUCUUGACCAAGGACCGUUACUUUUAUUUUGAAGUUAAUCCACCGGACGUUGUUUCACCCGUCCGCGGGAACGCUCACAUUUUCCUGUGUCACUCCACUUCACCCCCCUCUCGCCGACGUUCUCAACAGCUUCCAGCCUUCCGGAGGUAUAAACGCGAGCCAUGGCAGAGCCAGACCCCACACCCGAGCAGCUGGCCGCCAUCGCCACAGCCAACGAGGAGGCGGACUGCGCGGUCAACUACAAGCCGCCGGCCCAGAAGAGCUUGAUGGAGAUCCAGGAGAUGGACAAGGAUGACGAUAGCCUGCGCAAGUACAAGGAGGCGUUACUUGGCAAGACCCCUGUGUGUGCAGAUCCUAACGCUCCAAACAUCCAAGUGACCCGCAUGACUCUGGUCUGUGACUCAGCACCCGGCCCUCUGGUGCUGGACCUGCAGGGAGAUCUGGAGAACUUCAAGAAGAAUCCCUUUGUGUUGAAAGAGGGUGUGGAGUACAAAAUAAAAGUCAACUUCAAGGUCAACAAAGAGAUCGUGUCGGGUCUGAAGUACAUCCAGCAGUCUUUCAGGAAAGGUGUCAAAGUGGACAAGUCGGACUACAUGGUGGGCAGCUACGGCCCCAAGCCCAGCGAGGAGUACGAGUUCCUGACCAGCGCAGAAGAGGCGCCUAAAGGCAUGUUGGCGCGCGGCACUUACAACAUCAAGUCCAAGUUCACAGACGACGACAAACACGACCAUCUGUCCUGGGAGUGGAGCCUCAGCAUCAAGAAGGACUGGAAGGAUUGACCUUCUUCCUCUUCCUCACCAUUCCUUCUUUUUUCUUUCAUGUUUUCUUCAAAGUAUUAAACCUGCAAAUUGAGAAUGGAAAAAAUAACUGCACAAAAGUCCAAUUUUGUUUUGGCGUCAGUCAUCCAAAAAGUUAUGAUUUAAUUUGUUGUUUUUAGGAUCACCUCCUCUGCCUUUGUGUGUGUGUGUGUGUGUGUGUGUGUGUGUGCGCGCUGACACUCUUCUUGCUGCUCAUUUCUUGCUAAAUGAUUUGGCAUUCAGGUCACCUUUUCCUCCCAAAGGUUAACAAAUCUGCGUGUUUUGGCAGCUGCUGUGUAGCCUUCAAACUCACUGGAACUGGACAACCAUUAGACUUCCUGUUGCAUAUUCCUUAUAUGGUCAUUCCAAGCAUUGACUGCGCCUCCUUUUCCUGAACAUCAGCAAGUGAUUGUUAUUCUCUUAGUGUUUUUCUUCCAAGGGCAGCAGAUCUAUUUCCAUCUUUUUGUCUGGUUUGGGUACAUGUCAUUCACAAAUAAAGUGUUCAAAUCCUC